CGGAGAGGGAAUUGUGAAGGAGGUGGUGGGGGCGUGUGGUGGGUGUCAUACAGCAGCAGUGUUUGAGCGCGCACUCCCGGUCUAUAACACACUACAGUUACUUGUCUCAUCCAAACUUCACUGCCGACACACCAUCCUGACAUCCUUCUCUGAAACAGCAGGGCUCGUGGUUGGAUAGACUGAGAGGUGAAGAAUACCUGAGGACUUCAGCACGCGUACCUGCAGCAACUGGACUCUCUCUGAACCAACCUACCAACAUAAACCGACCUGGAAGCUGUCUGCUCCGACAAAGGAUCAAACACACAAAACUAGGUGUUGAGGUGGAUAUCAGAACUUGGACUGGAAAAGAGAAGAAGAGACCUGGAGUGAGGGAGAAGGUCAGGGACACGGGGGGUAAUCGUACUGCUAGAAAUAAGCAGAGGGGCUGCCCAAACCAGGGAAACGAAGUGAAAUAAACCAGCAUCCCCUGCUCGAACACUUGCAUUUUCACAAGAACUAUUGAGGGAUUAAGAUAUUUUAGUCUUUCUACGAUAAGACUGGUUCGAUUUGGUGACCCCUGGACACCAAGGGCUUAAACUUUGGCCGUGCGUAAUUCGGAGAGUUUGCCUCUGCGCUGCGUCAGGAUGCGCGUCAGUCCGCUCCUAGUUUUACUGUGCCUGCUCUGCGCAGGAGGCGCGCAGAGGUUCUCCGCUCUCACGUUCCUGCGGGUGGACCAGGAUAAGGAGUGCAACAUGGAAUGCAGCGGAGCUCCUCGCAAACCUCUGUGUGCCUCUGAUGGCAGGACUUUCACAUCUCGCUGCGAGUUCCAACGGGCCAAGUGUCGUGACCCCCAGCUAGAGGUCAUCCGAGGGCCAUGCAAAGAUACGUCCAGAUGUGUAGCAGAGAAGAAGUACACAGAGCAGCAGGCCAAGAAGGUCUUCCCACAGGUCUUUGUGCCUGUCUGUAAUCCCGAUGGUACAUACAGUGAGAUUCAGUGCCACAGCUACACUGGAUACUGCUGGUGUGUCACACCUAACGGCAGACCCAUCAGUGGCUCAGCAGUGGCCAAUAAAAAACCACGAUGUCAAGGGUCAAAACAAGAGAGAGCGACAACCAGAGAGCCAGGUAAAGCAGAUGAGACCGGCCUAGUGGUGGAUCCUCAACCUGCUGUGGAUGAAGAAGACAUCAUUUCCCAGUACCCAACUUUGUGGACGGAGCAGGUUCGCAGCCGGCAGAACAAUAGAACCAGAGCACCAUCAUCAUCAUGUGACCAGGAGCGACAGUCUGCCCAGGAAGAGUCAAAGCAGCACAAGAACGAUGCUGUCUUCAUACCAGAGUGUGCCCAGGGAGGGCUGUACAAACCAGUCCAAUGCCACCCUUCCACUGGCUACUGUUGGUGUGUACUGGUGGACACUGGACGACCCAUACCUGGCACGUCCACCAGAUACGAACAACCCAAGUGCGAUGGCAACGCCAGGGCCCACCCAACUAAACCAAAGGACCACUACAGAAGCAGACAUCUCCAAGGUUGUCCUGGGGCAAAGAAAACAGAGUUCCUGACAAGUGUUCUUGAUGCCUUGUCGACAGACAUGGUGCACGCUGUCACAGAUCCAGCAUCUGCCGGAAGGAUGGCUGAGCCUGACCCUAGUCACACCCUGGAGGAGAGGGUGGUCCAUUGGUAUUUUGCUCAACUGGAUAAAAACUCCAGUGGGGAUAUUGGAAAGAAGGAGAUCAAGCCAUUUAAACGCUUCCUGCGUAAGAAAUCCAAGCCCAAGAAGUGUGUGAAGAAGUUUGUUGAGUACUGUGACAUCAGCAACGACAAAGCCCUGUCUCUGCAGGAGCUGAUGGGCUGCCUUGGGGUGACCAAAGAGGACGCCAAACCAGGAGACAGUUUGUCCUCCAGUAAACUAAAUCAGCCGAAGAAGCAGGGCUAAGGCCACGUCUGAGAAUUCCUCUCAUGCAGGAGAAUGUGUCCUCACCAAUGGGCAAUAAUGGAAACCAUAGUAUUUGCACUUUGUACUUUAAAAGAAAUGUAAAUUCACUUUGUAGAAAUAAGGUAUUUAAACAGACUGCUGAAUCUGUGAAUGAUGUAGUUAGCUUUUUAUGUCCUGACGAACAAAAAUGAUUUAACACAUACAAUGUAUGUGUCCUUUGUGUGUCUAAAAAGUGUACUUUUCAGAGUUGUAUAAGUUUUCUGUUUGCUCCUACUUGUUGUUGCUCCCCGUCCCUUCUGUGGUCACGUUAGCGGUGAUAAACUCACUGCUACAACAACUUAGGUCUUUUAUGUUCGAACAAUAGAAUCUCUUCCUCUGCUUUGUACAGCAGUUUGUAUGAAUGUUUUAAACAAUAAAUCAGUAAAAAACAUCUAACAUGUUAACAAUGUAUUUUUGUUUAUUAGAAAUAAAGAUUGCUUUUAUAAUAAAUUGUGUG